UUGAAAAGGGAAUUUUGGGAACGGAAUCUUUCACAAAAGUACUGUCAGAUUGUCAGAAUCAACGGUCACGAUUACUGCGUUUGCUGACUAUAAAUAUAUAUCCACGCGUUCCCUGCGCCUUCUCCAUUCUCAUUUCAUACUCACCCACCUUCGUCUUCUUCUUCCUCCUCACUUGUACACAGAGGGACUGAGAGAGAGAAGGGUACGUCGCCAUGUGUGGGAUACUGGCAGUGUUUGGUUGCAUAGACAACUCUCAGGCGAAACGGUCCCGUAUCAUCGAAUUGUCGCGGAGGCUUCGCCAUAGAGGUCCUGAUUGGAGUGGCUUGCAUUGUCAUGGGGAUUGUUAUCUUGCUCAUCAACGUUUAGCUAUUGUAGACCCCACUUCUGGAGAUCAGCCCCUUUACAAUGAAGACAAGACUGUUGUCGUCACGGUUAAUGGAGAGAUAUAUAACCAUAAGGAAUUGAGACAGAAGCUGAAGUCACACCAGUUUCGCACUGGCAGUGACUGUGAAGUCAUUGCACAUCUUUAUGAAGAAUAUGGGGAGGAUUUUGUGGAUAUGUUGGAUGGCAUGUUCUCCUUUGUCAUUCUUGACACUCGAGACAAUAGUUAUAUAGCAGCUCGGGAUGCUAUUGGUAUUACCCCACUUUACAUGGGAUGGGGUCUUGAUGGAUCAGUUUGGUUUGCUUCAGAAAUGAAGGCUUUGAGUGAUGAUUGUGAAAGAUUUAUGACGUUUCUUCCUGGGCAUAUAUACUCUAGCAAGCAAGGAGCAAUGAGAAGAUGGUACAACCCACCAUGGUUUUCAGAGCAAAUACCUUCAACUCCCUAUGAUCCAAUGGUCCUUCGCAAGGCUUUUGAGAAGGCUGUUCUAAAGAGACUCAUGACAGAUGUACCAUUUGGUGUGCUUUUGUCUGGAGGCCUGGACUCAUCACUUGUGGCAGCUGUGGCUUCUCGCUUUUUGGCUGAAUCAGAGGUUGCAUGUCAGUGGGGAUCUCAGUUGCAUACCUUCUGUGUUGGUUUGAAGGGUUCUCCUGAUCUAAAAGCCGCACAAGAGGUAGCAGAUUAUCUUGGAACUCGUCAUCAUGAGUUUCACUUCACUGUUCAGGAAGGCAUAGAUGCAAUCGAAGAAGUCAUUUAUCAUACUGAAACAUAUGAUGUGACCACUAUCAGAGCUAGCACUCCCAUGUUUCUUAUGUCUAGAAAAAUUAAAUCUUUGGGAGUGAAAAUGGUUAUCUCUGGGGAAGGUUCAGAUGAAAUUUUUGGGGGUUAUCUGUAUUUCCACAAGGCCCCAAAUAAGGAGGAGUUACACCAAGAAACAUGUCGGAAGAUCAAAGCUCUUCAUCUUUACGACUGUCUGAGAGCCAACAAAUCAACUUCAGCUUGGGGGCUUGAGGCUCGUGUACCCUUUCUGGACAAAGAAUUUAUCAACAUUGCCAUGGCCAUUGAUCCAGAAUGGAAAAUGAUCAGGCCUGAUCUUGGGAGAAUCGAGAAGUGGGUUUUACGUAACGCAUUUGAUGAUGAUCAGAAACCGUAUUUACCGAAGCACAUUUUGUACAGGCAGAAGGAACAAUUCAGUGAUGGUGUAGGGUACAGUUGGAUUGAUGGCCUGAAGGAUCACGCGAACAAACAAGUAACAGAUGGUAUGCUAAUGCAAGCAAGCUUCAUUUAUCCUGAGAAUACUCCUACCACAAAAGAAGGAUACUUUUACAGGACUAUAUUCGAGAAGUUCUUUCCCAAGAAUGCUGCCCGAUCAACAGUUCCCGGUGGUCCAAGUGUGGCAUGUAGUACUGCUAAAGCUGUUGAAUGGGAUGCAGCGUGGUCCAAAAAUCUCGAUCCAUCAGGCCGUGCUGCACUUGGUGUUCAUGCAGCAGCAUAUGAGGAAUCAUUGGGUGACAAGGACACCAGUCAGCUGCAUGGAUCUUCCCAAAAGCAGCAAGAAGGGCUGGUGGAGCAGGCUGCUGCGGUUGUUUGAGUAGAGGUUAAUGUCAGUACCGUGUCAUAUGAGCACCAUCCUAGCUUUGCUCGUAAUAGCACAGGUUAACAGAUGGUCAUUACUUUCUAGCAGAUUUUGCAGCAAACAGUGCAGUAAGUUAGAGCUUGAAGCAGAUCUUGAUGAGCUGUUUGUGGAUUUAUGUAAAGGCAUCUUUAAUCAGCAUCGAGAUGCUGGUUUUGGAGCUUAGGUUAUUUUCAUUCCAAUCCGUCUUUGGGCUUUUUUUGUUUUUGCUUUUGUAGAUUUUACUAAUAAAAAUCUAUUUAUGUCAUCUUAAUGUCUUUGUUCCCAAACUAGCGUUGAAUGUUGCAUUUCAUCUUCUCA